GGUUCAUAAUGGAGACACACUUUAGGGCCAUUAUCGUUCUUCUCCUGAUCUUAUUAAUGUGGAAUCCUUGGCCGUUUUACAUCUUUUGGAUACAUGAAACUGUUAGGGGAAAUCCCCUGGUCCAAGACAGAUGCAAGAACAUCAAUUGCCAGGGCUAUGACCUUAAAGGUCUGUCAAACAUUUAACUAACCAGAGAAGAUUUUAUCUGGCGCAGGAACUGAAGUCAGGGCAACAAUUUUGUAUACAUUCAUGCCUGGAACUCUGCUACAGCGGGUUGUGUGCUAGAUAUACAAGGAUGUAUCCUGUUCCCUGUCUUUUUUUUCAACCUCCUAAGUGGAAUCACUUGCCUAAUUUAAAUGUGUAUUUUUCUGACCUUAGGCUUUUACCCCAGCUGCCAAGAGGAAAUGUUGUUCUCUUGCGAUACCUUUUUGGAGUGCUAUACAACAUUGAGCAACUUUCCUCAUCCAAUCAGAUGACAGCUUAUAAUUUAUCCGUUUGUAUAGCCCCAAGCGUUCUUUACCCACCUGAUUCCGGCAGCUUGGAAUUGGAAGACAACUUGAUAAAAAAGAUUUCUCUUGUACAAUUUCUCCUUGAAAAUUGCCUCAGGAUAUUUGGAGAAGACAUCACUUCCCUCUUGGGAGAGAAGUCAAUGAGUCGUGACUCCGGCCAGAAAAUUGUGAAAAGCUGUUCCUUCAGAGACAGGGCCUUUUGGUGGGGCUCCAGCACUUGCCAGCAAAACCAGUGCACAGCCCCACAUUCUGCAAAGCCAGGAGAGCUCUUUGGAGUUUGCCUCAUGGUUGUGUGUUAUAAAGACAACCUGGCCUUCCCAAUUCCGGCUAUGCUUUCCUUUAUUAAUCAAAAAGGGCCCCUCACAGAAGGCAUAUUCAGAAACUCAGCCAAUAUAAAAUCCUGCCAUGUCCUAAAGGAGAAACUAAAUUCUGGGGUCAAAGUGAACCCGUACAGCGAAUCUGUUCAUGUGGUCGCAUCCGUCUUAAAGGUAGGGAAGGUCCUAGCAUUAUCCACACACGAGUAACUGAAGCUAUGAUUGGUGUCCUUCAUCAUGACUGCUCAAGAACCAUAACGGGCAUAAUAGAUUAAGAACCUGACAAGCUGAAAAACGCUU